CAACGCAUAAAAUCCACCCCAGAAGGAAAAAAAAAAAAAGCAAUAGUUAGCCAGUCGAGGGCCUCUUCUCGAGGGAGAAGGGCGCCUUGUGCUCCCCAGCACGAGAGAUGUCCGGGCGCUGCCUCGGGGCCCUGUGGUGCCUGGCGGUGUCUCUCCUGCCCGCAGCCCUGAGCGCCAACGGAGGAGAAGUGUGCGACUGCAAUGGGAUGUCCAGGCAGUGCAUCUUCGACUGGCACCUCUUGAGGGAGACGGGGAACGGGUACCGCUGCCUCAACUGCCUGGGCAACACCGAGGGCACCCGCUGCGAGCGCUGCAGGGAGGGAUUCUUCCGCCAGCGGGAGGAGGACUGCUGCCUGCCCUGCCACUGCCACCCCCAGGGUGCCGUUGGCCCACGGUGCGACAGCGACGGGCGCUGCAGCUGCAAACCCGGUGUGAUGGGCGAGAAGUGCGACCGGUGCCAGCCGGGCUUCGAGUCCCUCUCCGAGGCUGGGUGCCGGGUGAAGGGGCAGAGCCUGCGGUGCGAGUGUGACCCAGCUGGCAGCACAGGGCGCUGCCUCUCCGGCCGCUGUGUCUGCAAGGAGAGCGCUACGGGAGAGCGGUGUGAGAGGUGCAAGAGAAACUUCUAUAACUUGGAUGCCAGGAACCCCGCGGGAUGCUCCCCCUGCUUUUGCUAUGGACACUCAGCUACGUGCGUCAGUGCAGACACCCACAGCAUCUACAACAUCACCUCCACCUUUCAGCAAGGUGCCGAAGGCUGGCAAGGUGUCCAUGAGAGUGGGUCCCCAGCCCAGCUCCAGUGGUCCCCGCGUCAUCGGGAUGCCUUCAUAGCAGCAAGGACACCGGAGCCAAUAUACUUUGCGGCACCUGCAAAAUUCCUUGGAAACCAGCAGCUGAGCUACGGCCAGACUCUCUCCUUUGAUUACCGCCUGGACCGAGGAGGACGCCAGCCAUCUCCGCACGAUGUGGUCCUGGAAGGAGCUGGCCUGAGAGUCGCUGCCUCCUUCUUGCCCCAGGAGAAGAUCCUGCCCUGCGGUGUCAGCCAGACCUACACAUUCAGGCUGGACGAGCACCCCAGCAGCAACUGGAGCCCGAGGCUGAAUCACUUGGAAUAUCGCAGGCUGCUGGGAAACCUGACAGCUCUCUGGAUCCGAGCCACCUUUGGGGAGUACAGCACCGGCUACAUCGACAACGUCACCCUGGUGUCAGCGCAGCCCGUGGCCGGAGUGCCUGCACCCUGGGUGGAGCGCUGCGAGUGCCCGCUGGGCUACGGGGGGCAGUUCUGUGAGACGUGUGCCCCCGGCUACCGCAGAGAUGCCCCCAGCCUGGGGCCCUUCGGCAUCUGCGUGCCGUGCAAUUGCCAGGGCGGAGGCACUUGUGAUCCCGACACGGGUGAAUGCUACUCAGGAGAUGAAAAUGUGGGCAAUAGUGUCAGCUGCCCCUUCGGCUUCUACCGAGACCCUCGGCAGCCCCAAGGCUGCCGGGCAUGUCCCUGCGGCAACGGUCAAGGCUGCUCGGUGGUGCCAGGCGGGGAGGAGGUUGUCUGUGACCACUGUCCUCCUGGAGCUGCUGGGGCCAACUGCGAGUACUGUGCCGAUGGCUAUUUCGGAGAUCCAGCAGCUCUCCAGCCCUGCCAGCCGUGCCGGUGCAACGGCAACGUGGAGCCCAACGCUGUGGGCAACUGCGACCGACGGACGGGCGAGUGUCUCAAAUGCAUCUACAACACCGCCGGCUUCUACUGCGACCGCUGCAAAGACGGCUUCUUCGGGAACCCCUUGGCCCCCGAUCCUGCUGACAAGUGCAGAGCCUGCUCCUGCAACUCAGCCGGCGCCGAGCCUUUGAAAUGCAGGAGCGAUGGGAGCUGCAUCUGCAAGCCCGGCUUCGAUGGUCCCAGUUGCGAAGAGAGCGAGUGUCCAGCUUGCUACGGCCAGGUGAAGGCCCAGGUGGACCUCUACCUGCAGCAGCUGGCGGAGCUGGAGCCGCUGUUCUCAGAGCUGCAAGCUGGUGGUGGGACUGGGACCCAGGAGCUGGAGGGAAGGAUGCAGAUGGCUGAGGACACGUUGCGGGACAUCCUCAGGGAAGCGCUGAGUUUGCAAGCCUCUGACAGGUCUCUGGAGAGCCGUGUGGCCAGGAUGAAGGGGCAAGGGUCCAGCUCCCAGAGCUGCUUGGAUGAGAUCAAGGCGACGGUGGAGAGGCUGAGGUCUCUUGGGAGCCAGUACGAGAGGCAGGUGCAUGACACCCGGCAGCUGAUGGUGAGGGCCAGGCUGGACCUGGACCGCAGUGGAGCCGCUCUGCGUCGGGUGAGCAUUCCUGCUUCAAACCUUCCCGGGGGCUCGAAUCAGUUCUUGAUGCUGGCGCAGGAGGCUUUGAGACUGGCGAACAGUCACCUACAAGCCGCCAACACCAUUGAGCAAGCUGCGAAGGCGGCGCAGGAGGACGCACAGCAGGCGCUGGAGCUGGUGCGCGUGGCUGCUGGCGGAGAGGUGGCCACCUCUGGCUCCUUGAGAGGGCUGCUCGGGAAACACGAGGAGCUGAAGUCGCUGGCUGGAGGCCUGAAGACUGAGGCCGAUGGCGUGGCCUCCGAGGCAGACAAGGCUUAUCAAGGCAGCCUGAUGCUCCUCAACUCUCUAUCCCGCCUGACGAAGACUGACAUCAGGUCCUUUGAGGGGGAGGCAGCCAGGCUGAAGCAGGACGCCAGCACUCUCCUGAGCCUGGUGGACACCUUCAUGGCACAGUACAGGCAGCUGCAGAGCCGCACGGGGCGCUGGGAGGAGGACAUCAAGCAGCUGCUGCGGAGGGGAGACGGCGAGAGGGCGACGCUGACACAGCUGCUGUCCCGGGCCAACCUCGCCAGGAGCACAGCCCUGCAAGCUGUCAGUGCUGGCAACGCCACGUUCUACGAGGUGGAACAGAUCCUGAAGAGCCUCCGGGAGUUUAACCUGCAAGCAGAUGACAAGAGAAGGGAAGCUGAAGAUGCCAUGAGGAGGCUACCAACCAUCAGCAGCAUGGUCAAAAGUGCCAGGGAGAAGACAGACCGAGCUGAAGCGAUCCUGGGCAGUGCCACCUCUGAAUCGAGGGCAGCCAGCAGCGCAGCAGGGGAAGCAAAGGAGAUCACCCUGGGGAUCCAGCAGGAGAUUACACGUCUGAAGGUGGAAGCCAACAAGACAGCUGAUGGUGUCCUUGCCCUGGAGAAGGCAGUGGCCACGCUGCAGCGCGAGGCCAAGGAAGUGGACGGUGAAUUUGAGAGCAAGCUCUCAGAGGCUGAGGCAGAUGCUGCUGCGAUACAAGAGACAGCUCAGGAAGCUCAGAGGGUCCACGCCAAGGCUGGCCAGGCGGGGGUGGUCGUGCAGGAGACGUUGAGUGCCCUGGAAGAGCUGCUGCGUCUGAUGAACCAGCCCGGUGCCGUGGACGAGGACGGCCUGAAGCAGCUCGAGAUGAAUUUUAGCAAAGCCAAAAGCAGAACCAACCAGCUGAAGGAUGAGAUGUCGGAGCUGGAGCAGACAGCCGCGCUGCAGAAGGCCCGGGUGCGGACACUGGAAAGCAGCAUUGAUGACAUCCUGGCAGAUAUUAAGAACCUGGAGAACAUCCAGAGGAGUCUUCCUCCUGGCUGCUACAACACAAAAGCCAUUGAACUGCCGUGAGUGACCUCCAGAAAGGCUGCAGCGCCUGCGGGGCUGUGAGGGCAGGAGAGCCUGGACCAGCCGCCCACCCCACACCCAGCAGGACCGGCUGCCUUUGAUUGUGUUGAACUCAUCCCUACCCUCGAGUUUGGUGUGGCAGCUCAAGUUCACAUUGUCGCGUUGGCCCUGGAGUGUCCCUGAUUUUUCGAAGUGGUCCGUCCCUUGGUCCCAGGAGGAAGAACACUCCUGGUUGUGUGAGGGUGCUACUGGCUGGAGAACAGCCCAUGCCUACAACGAUUCUCUGAGGUGCCGGUGGGGGUUGCUUGCUGUCAGCCUGGGGAGUUUGUACAGUUCAGAGCCUGAAGUUCGCGCCUGAGAGGUUCUCCACCCUCUUGUGGAUCCCAUCUCCUGGUCUGGCACACACAGCGGGACUGGAGUCUCUGCCUUUAUGUUUGACACUGCCACCACCACCACCUCCUCCUCAUGGUCUCCGAGGGGUCUUCCACACCUUUAGUAGCUCAGGAGGCAAAGAGCGAGCAGCGUGAAGAGGCAGCUGGGGAGGGGGCAGUUUUGAGCCGUGGCACUAGUGAUGCUUCAUAUGGUGUUCUCCUCCCAAUCUGCCCAGUCCUCACCUUGCUGGAAGUGCAUGGUUUUGCCAAGAGAUUUGGCAUCAGAUGCCACUGAUGAACCUAUUCAUAAAGCCGCAGGUGUUCCGUGGUGCUUCUCAGUGAAGUGGUUACUGUUUUGUUAACGGUGGUGUGGGGGCAAAGCUGCCUUCGAGCUCACAGCGAUGCGCUUGAUGGAGAAGGAAGGGCAAGUGGGCAGUUUUUCUUGCCCCGCUUGCUCCUUCAGCCAGGAGAGAAGACCCUUUCUUUCUCCCGUGCUUCUUUUCUUUCUUCUCAAAGCUCCUCCUGGGCAAGCAUAGGUCUCCUUACCAUCCCCUUGCACCCUCAAGGACAGCGUUUCACUCCAAGACUUGUCGGUUUGGUACCAGGCAGCUUCCUGGGUGUCCUCAAGGCUCAGGAGAGGCAACGUGGUGUCCCCUCAGCACAAGCUCCCAGGACCCUGCACCCUUAUCACAGGACCAAGGGCUUUCUUUAGGGGUUUGCAGCCACGAGCUCUCACUUCCGAGAGCCCAGCUCCAUCCCGCUGGAGUGACAGCGCCCUAGUUUGAUCCGUUUUAAAAUAUUGAAGAUGUCUCGAAUGCAUCUUCACCUCUGGUUUGGUGCUGCCCAUUCCCCCCUCCUCCCCUCCCUCCUCCUGCGUGGCGCUGGGUGCUUCUCGGAGGCUAAGGUGGUUGUCCACAGGGGUUUCCCACUGUACUCUAGAGCGAGCUUGGAGAAGCUGAAGACCAUGGUGCUCCCUUCGCCCACCCGCGGCUUUCCCGUGGCUCCGGCUCCAUUCUGACACCACUCCCGGCUUCUCUUAGAUGGCAUUUCAGGGGGGAAAAAAGAGCCAUUAGGUGCUGGAAGUCAGCUCUGCUGAACCCCCUCUGACCUGCGUGGAGGUGAAAGAGGAGGUCCUGGAUGGAGGAGGACACUCUGGGCGACUCACUCACUUCUCGUUACCUCCGAUUCUCUGAUAAAGCAGCUCCCGUGCUUUUGCUUGAUAAGGAUAUACCAAGUACUAUGUCUGCCUUACGCUUUUAUUUAAGUGAGAUGUAUCCUUGCCUCCGGCAUGUUUUCCUUCUGUUGUACAGCACAGGGACAGGUGUUAUGGACCUAACUUUAUUUUUCCAUGAGUUGGGUUUUUUUGAAAGGGAGAAGGUCAAUAAAUAAUACAUACUUCUGGUUGGAUCCUGCCUACUGGUUGGUUCAUUUUCUCCCACUGCCUGGUUUGGGUGACUUUGGCCAUCGCUUCUCCCAGCAGUGCGGCCGCUUGUGCUCUUCACGCUGACUCGAUCUCAGGGCUGGUUUGAAAGGACACCAGGAACAUCUUUUUGUUUUGUUUAUUACAUAAUUUAAACAUUUUGCUGAUAAAGUUUCUUUUUGUCAAUGACCAUUUUUUUUUUUCAUAUAGCAACAAAAAAAAAAAAAAAUUAGGCUUCAAAACU